AAAACAGCUGAUUCAAAGCUCUUCAUUCAAAAAAUUCAGUCAAAUGGCUAAUAUCGCACAAAAAGCAACUCAAAACCUGAUAAUCGUAACUGGCUUCGAUAUUUUUGUGGGACAUGAGAUUCGUAACGCAAGUUGGGAAGCUGUUAAGUUGUUGCCAUCAACGAUAAAACAUGAAGAAGUAGAAUAUAGUAUUGAUACGUUAAAAGUACCAGUUUCUUAUGAGGCAGUUGAUGAGAUCAUCCCUAAAAUAUGGGCACGUAAUCCAAAGUUGGUAAUACACUGCGGAGUAAGUGCGAAAGCAAAUAGUAUUACGUUAGAAGCUUGCGCCUACAAUUUUGGAUAUUGUCGCCCUGAUGUAAAUGAAAAGUAUCUCGAGGGAAACUUUGCAAAAUUAGAGCAAAAUGGUAAAGGAAAAAAGAUGCUUCUGACAACGAUAGACAUCGAUAGAAUAGCCAAAGAGCUCAAUGGUGUCGAAGCAUCUUUGAAUUGCGUGUGUCGUCCUGAAUCUAAAUUUAUUUGCUCUACCGACGUGGGAAACUAUUUAUGCGGAUAUAGUUUCCUGAAGAGUUUGGACUAUAAUUUGGAUCGUUCUUUGUUUAUCCAUGUCCCUGAAGUUGACAAACCUUUGAGCUCCGAAACAGUAGCGAAGGGAAUACUUGAUGUCAUCAAGAAGUGUUUAGCGCAAUUACUUGCAAAAGAUUUAUAACAUUUGUACCUCAAUGCUUUCCUAUUGAAUAAAAGUUUUUACAUUUUAUUCUUUUAAUACA